CCAAAACACGCUUGUAUUUAACAACGAGUUCCGAAACUCAAAUGGACCAUAAACGUCUAACCCUUUUGUCGUCUUCAGAACUAAAGUAGCCUACUCUGAGGAAAACUAAAGUGUUUUCUGUAAUCCACGCCGCUGGGUGUCGCUCUGGAGCAAGAAAUGCCUCGGCGUCUCCCCCUCCCCUAAACAUCUCCUCCGAAUGUGUGUAUGUGUAGCGCCGAGAAAGUAAGUCUGUGUUUCCAGCUGACUGCUCGCUCGCUCUCUCUCAGUGUGUGUGUGUGUAUGUGUGUGUGUUGUCAUUAUUAUUAUCCAGUCUGCUCCCAGCUCAGAAUGGCCAGAUUCACUCAGUCUGAGACAGGAAGGGAGCAGCACCCACAGCCGCCCCAUACCGCUUACUCCAGUCCGCUUUUCACUGGACCCGGGGCAGCACCGACCCAACAUCCACUCCUCCUAAUCCCGCACCAGCACCAGUACGCUCAGAUCCCAUUUCCUAAACCCAUGAACGGGUCAGAAUCCAUCUCCAUUCAUCCGGAGAGCGGCACCAUGAAAGACCAAGAUGCCAUAAAACUCUUUAUCGGGCAAAUACCGCGGAACCUCGAGGAAAAAGACCUGAAACCAUUGUUCGAACAGUUUGGGAAAAUCCACGAAUUGACAGUAUUAAAGGACCGAUACACCGGCAUGCACAAAGGCUGCGCGUUCCUCACCUACUGCGCCCGCGAGUCGGCCAUCAAAGCCCAGAACGCCCUCCACGAACAGAAGACACUGCCGGGGAUGACUCGCCCCAUCCAGGUGAAGCCAGCUGACAGCGAGAGCCGUGGAGAAGACAGGAAGCUGUUCGUUGGGAUGCUAAACAAACAGCAGACGGAGGAGGACGUGUACCGUCUUUUCGAGCCCUAUGGAGUCAUCGAGGAGUGCACUGUGCUAAGAGGUCCGGAUGGAAAUAGUAAAGGCUGCGCCUUUGUAAAGUUCUCCACACACGCCGAAGCUCAGUCCGCAAUCAGCGCCCUGCACGGCAGUCAAACCAUGCCAGGCGCGUCGUCCAGCCUGGUGGUCAAGUUUGCCGACACGGACAAGGAGCGCACCAUCCGCCGCAUGCAGCAGAUGGUGGGCCAGUUUGGCAUCUUCAACCCUGCUAUCGCCCUGCCCUUCAGCACCUACAGCACCUACGCACACGCGCUGAUGCAGCAGCAGGCGGCCCUCAUGGCUGCCAGUCACGGAGGCUACCUGGCGCCCAGCGUGGCCUUUCCAACUACCCAGAUCCACCAGAUGGGGGCGCUCAAUAUCAACAGCCUGCCACCCACCCCCAUGACCCCGGUGUCGGGUGAGUUUCAUCAGACACUGGCAGGCCUCAGCUCACCGCCUGCCAACAUCACCACAUCUGGCGUCCCCAGCAUCGUCACUCCUAUCGUCAACGGCUUUACCAGCAUCCCUCACCAGCCCAACGGACACCCUGCGGUCGAGGCCAUGUACACCAACGGACUGCCCCCUUACUCCACCCAAAGCCCCACAGCUGCGGACACCCUACAACAGGCUUUCACCGGGGUGCAACAAUAUACAGCCAUCUACCCAGCAACCACACUGACCCCUAUUGGCCAAAGCUUGCCUCAGCCUCCACAAGUCAUUCAACAACAGCAGCAGCAGAGAGAAGGUGAGGGACCAGAGGGCUGCAAUCUCUUUAUCUACCACCUACCACAGGAAUUUGGUGACAACGAACUCAUGCAGAUGUUCCUCCCAUUUGGUACGGUCAUCUCCUCCAAGGUCUUCAUGGACAGAGCCACCAACCAGAGCAAAUGUUUUGGCUUCGUGAGCUUCGACAACCCAGCAAGUGCACAGGCUGCCAUCCAGGCCAUGAACGGCUUUCAGAUCGGCAUGAAGAGGUUGAAAGUGCAGUUAAAACGGCCGAAGGAUGCGAGCCGCCCGUAUUGACAGGGCUCCACCCACACAGGGCUCUCAGCAACAGCACAGGAUUUGAAGAGCGGCAUCGCAGAAGGAAUUGAACUUUUUUUCUUUCAAAACUAACAAGAACAACACGAGUGGAUUUUUUUGAAGACAUAUCAGCAUUUAUUUUAGGAAGAUGUCCGGGAUAGAGGAGGCGGGAUUGCAGGCGAACCGGCACCCGUGGACAAACCACAGUCAGCACAGCGCACGGAAGACAAGUGGAAGAUCUCUCUAAAGACAAGAGAACUCAACAUGUCCCGUCUCUCGCUGAGCUUCGCACCGUCAAGUCAAGCAACGAACAAAAAGAAAAAAAUAAACGAGCGAGAACAACUUUGAUUUCUAUAUACAUAUUAUACACACAUAUGCUAUUUAAAGGAAGAGGCGCUUAUGGCUUUUAUUACACUGGACAAAUGAGGGUUAAACUUGAAGACCAAGAUAAAAUGCAGUGGAAAAAAAGAAGCUCUUCUUGUCCCGCUAGUGGACUUUCUUUCUCUUUUCCUCUUACCUUUUCUUCUGUCACCAUCUUUCCGCAAACGCAGGACAUUCUGUGGUCACAGAGGUUUCCAUGCCCUCAGUGAAACUGAUCAAUCUUUCACCCCAAAGGGACCAAAGGACCAAACAUUUUUAUUCCUCAACAGAAAUAUAUGGUAUUAAUAACAAUACUAAUACUGCAAACUACUACUAACGACAUAAGUUUAAAGAAAGAAAGAAAAAAAAAAGCAUAAAUAUUCGCUUCAGGUCGGAAGAGGAAAGGGAUUUUUGAUUUCUUUUCCUUUUACAUUUCUAGCUACUGGGUUUCAGAAUAUUUAAACAAAAUAGAAAAACGAAGACAAAAAAAAUAAUAAGUAUUUUAAAAGCUAUACUAUUUUAGUGGAGUAGAAUAGGUGGAUUGGAGAUUGUUAGGAGCAUGUUCAGCCAUGAAGAAAAAAAAUAAAACAUAAAAAAAAAAACAAAGGGGGAAACUGUUCAUCAUCCAUUCAUGUCAGAAAUAGGCCCAUAUUCCAGAGAACAAAUGCCGAGUAUAACUAUAUAUGCAUGUUGCUGGUUUAGAAAAACCUUGGGUAGAUAUUCAGUACACACAAACAAACAUAUUUAUCCGAUGAAAGCUUUACUUAUUAAGCAGAAUAAGUACUUGUGGCUUCAACGCAAACUAUCCGCAAUAUAACAGCUGUACCAUUGCACAGGUAAAUAAUACAAAAGAAAAAAAAAAUACAGUUAAUGCUUGAUAGGGAUGGGAAAUCUUAGGUUUUUUUGUUUCAUUUCUUUUUUUUCUUUUUUUUUCACCACUUGUGACAGUGACUUUUUCAAGUGAAGUGGUUCUAGUUAACGCUUAACUUUACUAUUACAAGGGACCUGUUGACCUUUCAUAUCAUCCAUUUUGUGCAUCUUUCAAGAGCAUACUCAUUAAACAGUUGGUGCCAAAUGCUGAAUAUCAACUGAUAAAGCACAUUAAUACGUUAAACAAGCAGUUACAAAGAUACCAAGCCUUAAACCCUUACACAGCCCACAAAAUGUGGUUCAUAACAGACCUACUGAACGGACAAACUCGCUAUUGCUUACAACUUCUGAAGCACACCAGAAUUCUACAGGAAGCAUCAAAAUAAAAAUCAAAUUUAACCUCGGAAACCUGCACAAACAACUCCACACUGACGUUUACAAAGUUCAUUUCGCUAAUAAGUGAGUGUAAGAUUCGUUGGAUCUGCGAACAACCCAUAUCUCUAAGAAUACGCUUCUCAGGCUGGAAUGGAUUAGCUUGACGCUAACUGUCUGCAAAGGUCUAAUGAGCAGCCUGUAAAGAGCUCACGAACAGCUUGCAAAUCGCAGCCAUGGGGGGUUACAGUUGGAGCAAACUGAUCCAUCAAUAAAAAAGCCACCGAGUCUGACAUUAUGGUGUACUUAACCGCAGCUGUUGCUUUGCUCUCUAAAGCGCUCGACAAGAAUCUUAAAGACCCUGUGAAAUCAAAAUCACUUCGUUUGUGUGUUAGCAUGGUGGCUAAUGCUAGCUGACAAAAACUAACGCACACUAACGUCUUCUGGUAAAUCAGACCUAAAAUUUAAAUGAAAUUUUUGUCCAAUCAAAAGCUCUAGAAUGAAGUCUGAAUUGGUGGGUAUUUGUUAGUUUGGAUGCCAAUUCUAGAGAAGUUGGAAUUAUUACAUUUUACCAGCAAUAUGCAUUAAAAUUUAGGAAAAUGGACCAAAAAUACUUAUUUAUCAUACACUACCAAUUUUUUGUCCAAUCAGAUGCUACUCUAAUACUAUGUAUCUGCAAGUAACGACACAGCAAGAUAUUUAGUUAGUGCUUUUUAACUUUUUUUCCAGUAAAAAAAAUAUGGUAUCUAAAAAAAUAUAUAUAUAUAUAUAUAUAAAGACCUGUUUUCAUAAAAUGUAUCUUCAAUAUGUGUAUUUUGUCUCAAAGUUUUAUUUUUAGAUAUUUUAAAUGGAAAUUUAGAUGCAGUACUUUCUAAGAGUAGAGUUUUUUGCAGUGUAAUAAGUAGCACAUUACGGCAAACUAUAGGCUAUGGGCUAUUUAAAAUAAGUUGACGACCCAACUUCCUGUUUUAAAGGGAAAUGCAUCAACGCUAUACUCAUCAAAUGAUUUCACCGGGUCUUUAACUAUUAAAUGGACAGUAUUCUUGAAACCAGUUGUUUUCCUAUGCAUUAAAAGUUCUUGUUUGCCUUUAUCGUACAUUUUGACGUUCUAUCCACUCUGCCGUUACGCAACUCUCACUGUUUGCCAACUCGCCAAUUUCACACUGCCUUCAUAGAUAUGCCAAAACUACAGAUAAUACAGUGACACAGAACUACAGGAAGUUCAGGUCCUCCCAGAAUUCACUAGUAAACAUAAAUAGAUGCAAAAACAGAGCUCUAGAAUCUAGGUAGGACAGAAAAGCACAUGUGUUGACCUCAUUUGAUUUCCACUGUGGAUAUUUGACCUGUUUGUCUUACCUAAAAAUAUAUCUGUAUGUUAAAUGUUUAAUCUCGCAGACGUCAGAAAUAAGUUUUGCCGGGAAACAUUAACGUCGCCCGUAUAUCACAGCCGUUUUUUAGCCUCAGGUCGCGCCGAAAUGGAUCGCGUUCGAUUCACAGGUUAUAAUGGCCUUUUUCUGCUGAACUCUCUCCAUUUCAUCUUCCCUCUCCUGUCCUGUGGUGGCAUAUCAGAACGUGGUGAUAUACAGACACGCAGCCCUCGGGCAUCGGCGCUCUAAUAACCUCAUGUUGCAGGGGCCUUCCUCACAGAAUCUCUCCAUGCCAGAUGUGAAUUAUUAAAAUCAAAUUAAAUUUGGCCUGCAUGUAAAAGCAAGUGUAAUACAAAUUAAAAAUGGCAACUAGUGCCUGAAGUUUAAUAAGUUUGAAGGAUGAUAUCAUUACAGCUUGAAAGAAAAAAAAAUGAGAUUGGAAAGGCAUAUAAAAUGAAAUUUGAUGUGUUGAAAGGUGAACCGAAGGCGUUAAUACAAAUUGCGUUUGCGCCAGAAACGAGGGGGGGGGGAUGGGAGGGGAGUUUGCACUAAAGGUAUUUCUGAAGAAACCAGACCACCAGCAUUUCAUAUUUGCUUUCUUCUCAUUUAAACCACGUUCACGUUUCGUUCCUCAGAUCUUCAUGCCGAACUUUGAUCGAUGAGCAUGCUCAAGGGGGGAAAGGGUGGGAAAGCUUUGGGGGGUUAAAGUGUUAUGAAGGUACUACUCAUAUUAACAAUAUGAUUCUUUAACUAUGGUUUGUAUGCUAAGGAAAGUAGCUUAUUAUAGAUAUGAAAUCUGUAUAUUAGGGAACAGCAGCACAUUUCUCAGAUUCUAUGGGGAAAGUAGUUGAUGGGAGGG